AUGUCCAACAAUGUUGAGAGUGCCCCAGUGGCAGACCCUAUCCCUGUGGAUCCAAACAUUGAGGAUGAUGCGAGUGACAACACGGACGCGGAGAGCAUCCGCACAUCAUCAACGGCCUCGCUGAGUGAGAGCAUCCGAGAGUAUCGCGAGAUUCACGGCCGCACGUACACACAAAAGACCGAGUACUGGGGACCCAAUGACGAAAAGCAGAAUGAUGCUCAGGACUUCAACCAUUAUUGGUUGACAGACUUCUUCGACGGCGAGCUCUAUCUCGCCCAAAUCGGCGCCAACCCCCAGCGAGUCCUUGAUCUUGGUACUGGCACUGGCAUUUGGGCCAUUGACUUCGCAGACAAACACCCAUCCGCCGAGGUGAUCGGUAUCGACUUGUCCCCCAUCCAGCCUUCAUGGGUGCCAUCCAACUGCAAGUUCCUGAUCGACGAUUUCGAGAAAGAAUGGACAUGGCCCACGAACUACUUCGACUUUGUGCAUGCGCGCAAUCUCGAAGGCUGUUUUUCGGACCUUCCGAAUGUCCUGCAAGAGGUCCACGAUCACCUGAAGCCUGGCGGCUGGUUUGAGGUGAAGGAGUUCGAGAUUAUGGCACGAUCGCAGACUCAAGAGCUCGACGACGACCACGUUUUCAACCGUUGGUACCGAUACGCAUCCGAAGCCCAGGACAAACUAGGCAAGCCUCAUAGCAAUGCACUCAAGAGACGAUUUGCCAAGGGCUUGGAUAAGGUUGGGUUUGUGGAAAUCGUAGAGAAGAAGUGGAAGAUUCCGAUCGGAACCUGGCCAGCUAAGCCAGAGCUCAAGAGGCUUGGUGCAUGCAACCUUGAGUUCUUCGACCAGUCUUUGGAAGGAUUCAUGCUCUUCCUUCUCAAGGAAGUCCUGGGCUUUACCUACGAAGAAGUACAGCUGAUGAUCAGCGAGGUCAGGGCUGAGUUGAGGAACCCGAAGAACACUCCUUACUACUAUUUACACGCCGUGUACGCCCGCAGGCCCCUCGAGGAUGUCGAGAAGAGUGAAGACAUCACUGCCGAGGCAUAG